AUCAUAAAACAUCAAUUAGUUAUUGUACUUACUCCAAGAGAAGUUGAUGUUGGAUAAAGUAAGGAGCUACCAUAUUUGCAGCUCAUAAGCACUAUAAGAACUUGGGACGGCAACCGAAUGAGUUCCAUCGUGUAAACCCAGCGAACUGCUCUGUUUGAAUCAGAUACCUCAACUGAUCAGCCUGUUAAUCAAUAUGCUCAACAAUUGUAACCAAAUUGGGUCUGUAGGCCAAGUGGGCAUACAAGUUAUGAGAACAGUCAAUAAUAAUCAAGACAUCAAUCAACUCAAUGCGUAAAUAUUGAAUUAAUCUGUUCACAGAAAGUACUUACUCCAUAUGCAAGUAAGUCUUUGAAAUCAUUUCAAUCUGUACGUUCGCUGGGUCUUAAAUGCUGCAAGCUAAGAUCUUGAUAUUUUUGGUGCUGCUCAGUUGCAGCCAUGGGGAUUUCAUGACCCAACAGAAGACUCAACUGAGACCAGCCUAUGAGCGAGUCUUUAGUCGCAGAAAGCGUGCAAUAAUCUUUCCACCGAGUUCAUUUCUUAAGUUCACAUGCAACUUUGGAAAGGGACUACUCUCGACCUAUCCGCGUGGCAUCACUUUUAAUUUGGAGGAAGCUGCCUAUUAUCCAAUUCCCGGAACCCGAGACGAUCUCUAUCCAAAGCGUUUCCUGACAAAGAAACCAACAACACCAAAGCCAGAGACGACGUUUAUUUAUAUACCCGGCACCGAUUGGCGCUUCAAGGCGCAAUCUUUGCCAACGCCGAAGCCAAAGCCAAGACCCAGACCUAAUCCACCAAAGACACAACGAAUCGAUGCCGUUGACGACUAUGCCAAUCCAAACAAGUGGCAGAAAUGGGGAAAGUAUGGUUUAUAUCAGGCACAAAAAUGGCAGAGCAUUGCUAACAAACAACGUUGGCAAAUUUCCAACGAAACCAAAUGGUCCAAAUGGACGACAUCUGCUCCAAAGUGGACAGCCCAAUGGAUUAAUAAUAACUGGCAAAGAUCGAGGCGAAAUGUGGUUGUCGAAUCCCGACAUUUUCAUGGCUAUCGUGAUCGAAGACAGCUAUUUCAGUUUUUCAACGGACUCAGCUCGCACUUUGGGAUCAAUGUCAAGGCCUGCAUUUUGCGUACAAUAUGUGAUUCUAAGCGACUUUUACUGCCACCUGGAUAUUCCAUGCUGCAGGAUAUGCUGCGCUUGAUCUUUACCAUGCCUCGAAUUGAUGGUCUGGAGGAUGAUUACACUCGUGUCAUGAGCAAAGAUUCCGAUGCUUGUGCCUUGGAGUUAAAGAGCAAUUGUAACAUGAACUUACUCAUCUGGCUGUUGAGUGGUAGACUCGACCAAAUAUAAUUAACAAUAGCACUAUUCAUUAGGGAUUAUUUGGAAUUUACUGAUCUUGUGGAUAUGCUUAUGUGCCUGGUACAAAAUGGUAGCUUGCAAUAGUAAGGAGCUGCGCAAAAUAUAAGUAACCAGGAAACUCAGCAGUUCGCAUCUCUGGUCAAAAUGGUCUCUGCGGGAUCUUAAUAACAAACAAUACAACAAAUGUCAAAAUAUUAUUUAAGGCCUCAUUUUUUCUAUGUAUAAUUUACGUAUAAAUUCCAUAGGCAGUUGUGAUCAAUUUUUGUAACGACGUAAUAAUUUUUAUUUGUGGCUUUGUGGAAUGGUUUGAUGAUAUUAUAAUAAUAAUAAGAUGUAGAAUUAUCAAAUCCAGUUUGAGAUUCGUAACACCAGAAAAUAUUUUAAUUUGCAUUCAUCAUGCUUAUCAUGAUUUUCAUAAUGUUGCAUUCAUAUUAUUAAUUGUAAGUUUUUAUUUGGUAAUUCGUACUCUAAAUUAUUAAAUGUAAUCUUUUUUCUAAUUGUAUUUUUAAGAAACUUAGAAUUUUUGUGUACUUUUAAUAUUUAGCAUUAAAUAAAAAACAAUAAA